AUGUCUACUCAAAUUCCGUGCCCUCCGCUGGUCCCCUUCCUCGGUCAUGUCACCGCUAUAGAGAAGGAGGUCCCGCUCCGUUCUCUCAACCUUCUCGCUCGUCAGUACGGCGAGAUUUAUGAGCUUCGUAUUUUUUCAAGGAAGUCGGUAGUUGUCAGCUCUUACGACCUCGUAAGCGAGGUCUCCGACGACAAAAGGUUCUUCAAAGCUGUCUCAGGUGGUCUCGCCGAGGUCCGUAACGGCGUGAAGGACGGCCUUUUCACAGCAUAUCACGAUGAAGAAAACUGGGGAUUGGCUCAUCGUGUUCUCAUGCCGGCGUUCAGCACCGCCGCUAUCAGGGACACGUUCGACGAUAUGGUUGAUAUCGCAUCCCAGCUGAUCCUCAAAUGGGAGCGUUUUGGCUCCACCACCUCAAUCGACUGUGCGGACGAUUUCACUCGGCUUACUUUCGACACUAUCGCACUGUGCUCCAUGUCCUAUAGGCUCAAUUCUUUCUACCGGGAGGACAAUCACCCGUUCAUAAAGUCACUCUCCAGCUUCUUACUUGAAUCCGGUCGUCGUUCUAUGCGACCUUCUGUGGUGACGUCAGUCAUGGGGUACACUGCACCUUACGAAGCUGAUAUCGAAGUCAUGGCUGAUCUCGCCAACAAAAUUGUUGCCGAGCGAAAGGUAACCCCAUCUGAUAAGAACGAUCUCCUCAAUAAGAUGUUGAGCGGAAGGGACCCCAAAACAGGCAAAGGCCUUUCUGAUGACUGCAUCAAGAAUAAUCUAUUGACCUUCCUGAUUGCUGGUCAUGAGACUACAUCUGGUACUCUGUCGUUCCUGUUUUAUCUACUUAUCAAGAAUCCCGAAGCAUCACGCAAAUUGAGGGCCGAAGUCGAUGAGGUGCUCGGCGACCAGCCGAUUCAACUGGGCGACCUCAGUCGUAUGCCAUACCUGAUCGCUUGCCUCCGCGAGUCCAUGCGCCUGUUCCCUACGGCUCCCUCUAGAGCUGUUUUCCCCAAAGAAGACACUGUCAUUGGGAACGGAAAAUAUGCAGUUUCAAAAGAUACAACCAUCAGAAUUUUGUCAGGGCAAGCUAUGCGCGAUCCCAAGGUCUGGGGCGAGGAUGCGGAGUUAUUCCGUCCUGAGCGCAUGCUCGACGGAAAAUUCGAAGCGCUUCCUGCCAAUGCAUGGCAACCUUUCGGAUACGGAAUGCGGGGCUGUAUUGGUCGAGCAUUCGCCUGGCAAGAGAUGAUCAUAGUAAUAGCAACUGUGAUUCAGCGCUUCGACCUUGUGCUCGAGGACCCGUCGUAUGAGCUCGAGAUCAAGCAGACGCUCACCGUCAAGCCCAAGAAUUUUUACGUCCACGCCGUCCCGCGCAAAUCGCUCUCUGCGAGGUCCUUCGUGCCGAGCUCGGCCCUGCAGCAGGCCCGCCGCGGGCUCGAGCAGCCGAGCCGCACGCCGGUCGUUGUCGACCCGAAUGUUAAAUUGCAGCCAUUGUAUGUGCUCUACGGCUCGAAUACGGGCACAUCCGAGUCAUUUGCGCAGAGAGUGGCAGGCGAUGCGGCUGCUUAUGGUGAACCUGCGGACAACGCAGCUCAUUUCGUCGAGUGGAUCAAAACCUUGAGCGGAGAAGAGUUUUCAGGCGUCAGCUUCGCCGUUUUUGGAUGCGGGAACCGCGACUGGGUGAAGACGUAUCAGCGAAUCCCUACUCUGAUUGAUCAGACUAUUGAACAACGUGGCGGCAAACGGCUGCUCGCACUUGGGACGGGAGAUGCGAGCGCUGCAGAAUUCUUCAAGGCUUUCGACGAAUGGGAGGAACACUUAUGGAAAAUCUUGGCCAAGGAGUAUCAAACUGGUGCAGUCACCAUCGGCAAAGACAAGGUCCAAGCGCUUACAAUGCAGGUCGUCGACACCGGUGUCAACAGAGCUGAGAUCUUGCGCCAGUCAGAUGCUGUCUUGGGUACAGUAGUCGAGAACAAGGUGUUGACAGCACCAGGAGCCUCGGAGAACAGACACAUUGAAUUCAAAUUGCCCGAGGGUAUGACCGCGCGUGCUGGGGAUUAUCUGGCUAUCUUGCCCACAAACCCGGUCCGCGAUGUGAAUCGAGUCAUCGCUCGAUUUGGGUUGUCUGGGGAUCAGCAGGCGAGUCGAAUGGUUGUACUAUCUGCUGUCGGUCCCACACCGCUACCAGUCGACAAGCCCAUCACCGUGUUUGAUCUCCUGUCCGGCUACGUCGAGCUCGCGCAACCUGCGACCACUCGCGACUUGCAGAUACUCAUGACAGCUGAGAAUUCCCCUGUGGAAACUUUGCAGGCCCUCUCUUCGUCGUACUCCGAACAGGUCCUCUUGAAACGCCUCAGCGUCCUUGAUAUUAUUGAAGACCACCCCAAAAUUGCACUCCCCUUCGAGACCUAUCUACAGAUGCUCCCGUCCAUGCGCAUUAGGCAGUACUCUAUCUCCUCCUCGCCGCUCUGGAACCCGCAGAACGUGACACUCACGGUGAGUGUGAUCGACGCCCCCUCGAGCACUGGGAGGAGGAUGUCCUUCCUCGGUGUCGGAUCCACCUUCCUCGCCGGACUUCUGCCGGGACACAAGGUGCAGAUGUCCGUCCGCACUUCGUCCACAGCCUUCCAUCCCCCGUCUGAUCCCACGGCUCCGAUGGUGAUGUUCGCAGCGGGCUCCGGUCUGGCGCCGAUGCGUGGCUUCCUGCAAGAGCGCGCAGUGCAGAAGAAGGCCGGACGCGAAGUUGCUACAUCGAUCCUGUUCUUCGGGUGCCGCUCACCUCAGGAAGACUACAUCUAUGCAGACUCGGACCUCAAGGAGUGGACCGAACUGGGGAUCGUCGAUGUCAGGCCGGCAUUCUCCAGGUCGUCGGGAGACUCGCUUGGCUGCAAAUAUGUGCAAGAUCGGGUCUGGCUCGACCGUGCAGAUAUUACCAAGGCCUAUGCUGCCAAUGCCAAGUUCUAUACCUGCGGCUCCCGCAGGGUUGCUCAAGGCAUUAUGGGUGUCCUGACUAAGAUCGUCCAAGAGGGCCAGCAGGUGGAAGAAGCUAAAGCUGCGGAAAUCUUGGAACGACUCGUUGAGGGUCGUUAUGCUACUGAUGUCUUCGAGUGA